GGGCAUAUACUAUUAUGUUCGCGAUCGUACUAUCUUGCGCUAGCUGUACUUUUACUUUUCUUUUCUCCUAAAUUUCAGUAAAAAAACUGGCAUUUAACAGAAAACUCAAGUGCUCUUUAUAAAAUGUUUCAGUACAUUAAAAGCUGAGAAUGCAUUUCGGGCGAUACUUUUACGAUGUUUAUAGUCAGUCUAGUUCUUAAAUUUUGUGAUUAACGACGAGUAUAAAAGUAUUGAAGAGAUAUUAAAGCAUUAAAGUUCUCUUAUUAUUCUUUGCCAGGAUAAUAGGGUACUGUUGAAAGAUUUAAAAUAAUGGAAUUUCCAAGCACCAGUUCAGCCAUUAAGAUUUGUGAAAUAUGUAACGAAUUUGUACGUUUAUACACUUGUCCACGAUGUGGCAAAGGUUACUGUGGGAGUAAAUGCUAUAAAUCAAAUGCACAUAUUGAAUGUACCGAGAGCUUCUAUAAAGAAUGUGUUGAAGAAGAGUUAAGAUCUCAGGAAAAUGAUCCUGCUAUUAAAAAGAAAAUGUUGGAGAUCCUUAAAAGACAAUAUUAUGAUCAUUGUGAUGAUAAUUUUAUAAAAGAUAAUGGUGAAGAUAAUAGUGAUGAAGAAGGUUCUCCAUUGGAUUCUGAUGAUGAGGAGGAGGUUGCUGAUUUAAAAAGCAGAUUACAAAAUAUCGAUCUCGAUGAUUCUGAUCAAUUAUGGUCAGCUUUAUCUAAUACUGAGAGGCAGGAGUUUGAAGCGCUUAUAAAGAAUGGAGAGGCAGAUAAACUUUUACCUGAAUGGAUCCCAUGGUGGACUCAUCGUGUGAAAAAGAAACUUGUUCAACCUAUUGAAGAAGAUGCCACAGAUGCUUUUAAUGACUUGAAAUAUCCUGCUUUAAUAGAUGUACCAUUAUUUAAUGAACUUAAGAAAGCAUCUCCUUGUGUAUAUUUUAAUAUAAUAAAUGUAAUAUAUGCUUAUGCAUAUAUAGCUCUUUACUAUAAUGGAGAUUAUCUUGAUUGUGUUGAGGAUGCUGCCAAUGAUUUUUUAACUAUAUGUAUGAACAUGAAGAACAAUAAGGUGUUUAAUAAUGCAGAAUCAGCGAUUCAAUCAGUUACAGAAAAUGUUAAAAACGUUAACUCAUUGCCAGGAGAUAAGCAAACAUUAUUAGCAUUUAAAGAUGCUGGAGCUUCUAUUUUGCAAGGACCAGUUCCUGAAGUUAAAACCAUUUAUACAUCUGCAGCUCUUUCGGAACUGCAUAGAUUAUUAACAGCAGCCAAGAAAGAAAUUUUGACACAUAAGAAUAUAGCUAAUAAUCGAGAAUUCUCAAGAAAAUUUUUACAGAAACACAGUCCUACUAUAACUCUGUCAGAAAAAACUAUUCUGCUGUGCUUAAAAAAAUUGGAAUACUAUUUAGCAUGGGUGAAAAGCCACGAAGUGGAACUGCAAAGUAUUGUUUGUGAUUAAAACUAUGGAAAUAAAAAGAAAAAAAAUGUCUAGAUA